UCAUUUUUGCUCUAGUAAGCCAUCUAAUCCAGAGAACAGACUAGAGGUGGAAGUGGUAGCCAUGGACGGCGGCGAUGGAAACCCAGCAGAUCAUGUGGUUCUGUUCAUGGCGGCAGAACAAAGCUACGCAAACCAUUCCUCAGAAUCCCAGCAAAACCACAGAACAGAAACUCCCAUUAAUCCUUCACAACCCCCUCCAAGAUUGCAGAAGCUUCACCGCCUAAACUUCUCCAAGCCCAAAACCCGCCUCGCCGAUUUCAGCCACUACCCACCCACCCAAAAACCGCCGUUUGACGACGGAGACGGCGACGGAGACUACUCCGAGCGUUUCAACCCGACCCAAAACGACACCGACAGCGACGAGUACGAGGAAGAACCAGUGAGCGGAGAAUUCGGAGACCGAAUGUUGUUCAAGAAAAAGAGAAAGAUCCCGUGGAGAGCCGUGGUGGAAUGGGGGCUGUUCUUAAUCAUAAUGACCUGUCUAAUCUCCUCCCUCACAAUCUCCUCUCUCAAACACAGCUUCAGGCUGGGCUUAGAGCUCUGGAAAUGGUGCCUUCUCGUUCUCGUUAUCUUCAGCGGCCGUUUGGUCUCGGGGUGGGUGGUGCGGUUCAUGGUGUUCUUAAUCGAGAGGAACUUUAUGCUGCGCGAGAAAGUGAUGUAUUUUGUGUAUGGGUUAAGGAAGAGUUUCCAGAAUUGCGUGUGGCUAGGCUUGGUUCUUCUUGCGUGGACUUUCAUGUUUAAUUGGCAAGUGCACAAGGAGAAUAAGAUGGUGAAGAAAGUUUUUCAGGCUUUGGUGGCGGUCCUUGUUGGAGCCACGGUUUGGUUGAUCAAGAUUGUGCUGGUGAAAGUGCUGGCCUCUUCGUUUCAUGUUACCACUUACUUUGAUCGCAUGAAGGAGAGUGUUUUUCACCACUACGUCCUCGAGACACUCUCCGGCCCGCCCAUGGACACCGUUGCAUAUGAGAAGGUCCACGGCCUGCAACAUCUCCGUAACAUGGCGCAAACGAAGUCGAUGCCGGCGAAGCUGGGGGAAUCGAGUCCGUUAUCAGGGUCGGGAAGGGUGCAUUCUCGGAGGAUCGACAUGGAAAAGCUGAAGAAGCUAACGAUGGAGAGCAAUAAAUCGGCGUGGAGCGUGAAGAGGCUGGCGAAUUAUGUGAGGUCUUUUGGGCUGUCAACUUUGAUCUCUAGAAAGGUUGAUGAGUUUGGUGAGUACGAGAUUACUAGCGAAUGGGAAGCCAGAAUGUGUGCCAAAAGGAUCUUCAAGAAUGUUGCCAAACCGGGUGCCAAGUACAUUGAAGAGGAAGAUCUUAUGAGAUUCUUGAAGAAAGUAGAGAUUCAUACCAUAUUCUCACUCUUUGAAGGAGCCCUCGAGACGGGGUGGAUAACAAAGUCCGCCUUUAGAAAUUGGGUGGUUAGAGCAUACUAUGAGCGGAAAUUCCUUGCACAUUCCUUAAACGACACAAAAACAGCAGUCCAACAGCUACACAAGCUGGCAAGUGCAGUUGUAUGUGUGAUUAUAAUUGUGAUUUCUGUCUUAAUCAUGGGAUUAGCAUCCACAAAGGUUAUCGCCUUCAUCAUCACCCAACUUCUUCUCCUGGGAUUCACAUUCCAAAACAUGUGUAAAACCGUCUUCGAAUCCAUCGUCUUCGUCUUCGUCAUGCACCCUUUCGACAUCGGCGACCGUUGUGUCAUCGACGGCGUCCAGAUGAUUGUUGAGGAGAUGAAUAUACUGACGACGGUGUUUCUUCGUUAUGACAAUGAGAAAAUCUAUUACCCUAACGCGGUUUUGAUCACGAAGCCCAUCAGCAACUUCUACAGAAGCCCUGAGAUGAGUGAUACCAUCAAUUUCGACAUUGACAUCAACACUCCUAUGGAGACAAUAAUCGCACUUAAGAAGGCCAUACAAACGUACAUUGAGAGCAAGCCAAAGUACUGGAACCCAAAGCACUCAGUGGUGGUGAAGGGACUGGAUAAUGUGAGUGUGUUGAAAAUGUUUCUAAGUGUUCAACACACAAUCAACCAUCAGAACUAUGGGGAUAGGAACAAUCGCAUAACCGAGCUGGUUCUUGAGCUGAAGAGGAUCUUUGAGAGCCUUAGCAUCAAGUAUAGUCUCCUGCCUCAAGAGGUCCAUCUUACCCAAUUCAACACCCCCAAUUUCACCAUGCCAAUCCCCCAUCGUUAGCUUCUUCAAGCUUUACUACUCCUUUAUAAUCAUAUAUAUAUAUAUAUAUAUAUAUAUA